GACAGGCACAGAAAGCAAGGAAGUUGAAAAAGCGAGGGAUCAGCGAGAGGGAGAACGCAAGCCGCCAUAGCCGAAGUAGCAAACAAGGAAGUAGGAGAAAGCAGCCAAUCACCGAUUGGGAGAGACGCGUCGACCGCUGAAGGGCUGAAAAUCGGGGAUUUACCGGUAAACACGCAGGGGCAGAGAGAGAGAGAGAGAGAGAGAGAGAUCUGUGGAUCGGGUAGUACGCGAUAGACGAACGAGGAUGGGAAGGAAACGCCAACAAGGAGGUAGUCUCGUGGCGGCCUGGUUGGCGUUGAUGUGGCAUGUCUGCCAUAGCCAAGGCGUACCCCCACCUCCUUCGACUCCUCCGAGAGCCGAAGGCGAUGGCGGGUCUUCGUUCGGCCCCUUCACUCCUCUCCAAUGGGCGGAGAAGAUGGCUGAUUCCCAGAUGUCAAGAUCUGGCACCGGUCUGGACUGGGACUACACCACCGGGUUGUUCGCUUUCUCCCUUCUUCGUCUCCGAUCCCCAUCUGGCAUCUCCUACGCGAGGAGCAUGAUGGAUCGACUAGUCAGCGACGACGGUUCGAUCUCCGGAUACGAUCUGAGUAAGUAUAACCUCGACAUGAUCUUGCCCGGCCGAGCCUUGCUGGAGCUCAUCUCUCUCUCUCCUUCUUCUCCACUAAACGACAAAUUUCGUAAGGCCGCGACUCUGUUGCGAUCCCAACUAUCCACCCAACCCCGGACCUCCGAGGGGGGCUUCUGGCACAAACAGGCGUACCCCUAUCAGAUGUGGCUAGAUGGGCUUUACAUGGCCGAACCCUUUUACGCUCAAUACGAGGCCUCCUUCAACAGCGGCAGUCCCGACUUCAGCGACAUAGCUCUGCAGUUCCAGCUGAUUAGCAAGUACACGUACGACUCCUCGUCGGGACUGUACUUCCACGGUUGGGAUGAGAAGAAGGUCCAGACCUGGGCGAAUGGGCAGACCGGGACCAGCGCCUCUAUCUGGGGGAGAGCAGUCGGGUGGCUGUCGAUGGCAGUCGUUGACACGUUGGAUUACAUCCCGUCGUCGGAGUCGGGAUCCCGGCAGGUGCUCCUGGGUAUCCUGGGCACGCUGGCCAAGGGAAUCGCCCGAUGGCAGGAUCCUGCGACCGGUCUUUGGUUCCAGGUCGUGGAUGAACCCGCCCGGUCGCCGCCCAACUACCUCGAGUCCAGCGCGUCUAGCAUGUUCGUCUAUGCUCUCGCCAAGGGCGUCAACAAAAACUACCUCCCCUCUGCCACCUACAAGCCCGUCGCGAUCAAAGGGUUCGCCGGGCUUGUCUCGAACAAGGUCGAGACCAAAUCCGACGGCUCCGUCAGCCUUACCUCCAUCUGCCAAGUGGCGGGCCUAGGAGGGUCCAAGAACAGAGAUGGGACCUUUGAUUACUAUAUGGGUGAACCGGUCGUGAGCGAUGACCUGAAGGGAGUUGGACCUUUCAUUCUGGCCGGUCCACAGGUUGACUUGCUGGUCAAACGUUGACUUUGACCGUCCGAACGGAGUGACUUCGAUCGGCUCAUCAGAUGGACCUCGCAGAAUAGAGGUAGUAGAGACAGGAGAGGAGAGGAGAAAGGAGAAAGAGAGAGAGAGCGGAGAUAGAGGAGAGAGGAGACAGGAGAGGGGUAAGAGGUAAGAGAAGGCGUGUGUUCCCCUCUGAGUCUCGUACUUUUUAAAGAAGGAAUCUGGUUGUGUCUGAGUCCAGAUGCAUGCGCGGGAAAUAUCUUUCCUGACUGAAUAAGGUUUUGUUCGUUUGCCGAACGUUUGAUCCCGCGAACAAGAUUUUUAAUGUGAUUUCCUUCUCUUUCCUUCCUUUUCACAGGAAAAAAAAAAAAAAGGAUUUAAUGUGCUUUUCAACCUUCUGAAAGAAGAAGAUCGGAACUACUCGGUCGGGUCCGGGACUUCG